UCCUCUAAAAACUUUAUUAUAGAGUCAUACAUUAGAGCAAAUCCAUUUUAAUAAAAUUCUCUAUUUAAUAGAACUCUCUAUUUUAGAGGAAAAUAUAAAAGCAUACACUGUAGAUGUUGGAUUAAGCUUGAAGAAAAAAGGAAACUUGAUAAAUAAGUUAACUUCUAAUCCUACCAAGUUAUGGUUUAAAGGAUUAGGAAAUAUGUUAUACCUAAUGAGUUUAGGAAAUUUGUUUUAUAUAUAAGGAGAUGCAAGAGUGUUGCAUAACUCAUGAGUUGAGAGAUUGGAUGAGAGAUUAUGAAUUGUGUGAGAUUGAGAGAGCUUGAGGUUUUGAGUUAUUUUUCUCAAGAGAUUAAUAAGAGAGUUAUUCUUAUUAAGCUUGAUUGUGAUUCAUUGAUUGUGAUUCUAUAUGUGGUAUCAGAGCUACAGGUUCAAUACUGGACCUCUAAUAAAGUUCAAUCCCUAAAAUUCAGAUUUGAGCAAACGUUAUGGGGAAUUGUACUGGUUAUGGCGUUCAAGUUAGAUUCACUGGAGUCCUACACGGUCGAAGAGAUGACGACAACGAGUAAUAUUGUGGUUCAAUCUCAAGGAACCUUUGCAGAUCGCAAGUCUAUAAAGAAGAUCGCAAGUGUUAAAAGGCAUGAUUCUGAAGCUGACAACGAUGGCAUAAAGAAAUCGAAGAAGAGAAAGAAGCACAAAAGGGCUUCUGAUGGAGAUAAGAUAUUAAAUACUGAAAGCUCCAAAGUUAGUGAAGGAAGUCGAAGACAUGAGAAAUCUCUGCUGCUGUAUUAUAAAAGGACAGGAAAAUCUUGGAAGAGGGGUUACAUGCUGAAUGAAGUUAAAACCGAUGAGGACAAGGGAGACGAAACUGACGAAGAAACUUCUGAUACAGAGGAGGAGAUCAGAGUUGUUAAAGUCUGUGAGUGGGUUGAUCCUUUGGCUAAGUUAUGGAACCGUGACCCUGAGUAUCUAGAUAGAGGGCAGAACGAUGACGUUAAGAAGGAAAAGAAGGAAAAGAGCAGCAAGAAGGUGAAGCUAAGCGUGGAAGAUGUCAAAAUUGAUAACCCUAAUGCUGUAUCGAAAUUCAGAAUCAAUCCGUUGAGGGAGAAGCUUCAAGCCACGAUUUUUGAUAUGGUUCUUGGUGGUGCUACAAAUAUUACUACUCAUGGUCUAGAUAUCAAUGACAUCCAGUUAAUUAUCCAGUGUGAGUCUCCACGUGAUAUUGUGUGCACUCAUGGCAGGAUGAUUGAUAUUCUUUGCACAAGCAGUGAAAAAAUCACCAAUCUGCAAAGGGCCACAUUCUUGGUAAUGUAUGAAGCUGAUCGUAUGUUUGACAUGGGUUUUGAGCCUCAAAUUAUUUGUAUUAUUCAAACUAUUCGACAUGAUCAGCACACUGUGCUCUUUUCUGCCACUUUUCCACGUCAAGAUGAAACUUUGGCACGUAAAGUCUUGAACAAGCCCAUUGAAAUACAGGUUGGUGGAAGGAGUGUUGUGAAUAAGGAUAUAACACAGUUAGUUGAAGUCAGACCGAAGAGUGAGAGGUUCUUAAGACUGCUGGAAAUUCUCGGGGAAUGGUAUGAGAAAAGAAAGAUUUUGGUUUUUGUGCAGUCGCAGAAAAAAUGUGAUGCCUUGUUGAAGGAUUUGUUUAAAAAGAUUUAUCAUUGUAUAUCUCUUCACGGUGGUAACGAGCAGUCUGAUCAGGAAUCAACAAUAUCUGACUUUAAGAGCAAUGUGUGCAAUAUAUUGAUUGCCACAAGUGUUGCAGCUAGGGGUAUAGAUGUGAAAGAGCUUGAGUUAGUUGUAAACUAUGAUGCUCCGAACCACUAUGAAUAUUAUGUGCAUCGCAUUGGCAGGACAGGAAGGGCAGAGCAGAAAGGCUGUGCUGUGACAUUUAUCUCUGAAGAUGAUGCAAAAUAUGCACCGUAUUUAGUCAAGGCCCUGGAACUUUCGCUGCAGCCAAUCCCCGAUGAUCUGAAAGAAAUCGCUGACAGUUUCAUUGCAAAGGUUAGACAGGGUACUGAACAAGCUCAUGAAACUGGCUAUGUAGAUAGUGGCUUAAAAUUCACCGAAGAGGAGGAAAAAGUUACGAAAGCAGCAAAGAAAGCACAAGCGAAAGAGUAUGGGUUUGAGGAAUAUAAGUCUGACUCAGAAGAUGAGAUUGAUGUUGUAAGAAAGGCAUGUGUUGUUGGUGUUGAUACCUCAGCGCACCAGGCUGCUCUUGCUCAUAUAGCCACCAUUGCUGCUGCUGUUAAAGCUAAUGCUGCUGCAAUGAAUCCUCCUGUGACUACAAACCAGUUGCUGCCGAAUGGUGGUGGGCUUACCUCUCUACCAAAAGUUAUAGCAAAGGAUGAACCUAUAGAAGAAAGCUCUCAGUUUUUGGUAGAUAGUGAUGAUGCUUCAGACAAAGAAAGUGACACAAAAGAGCCACUGAGAACUAGAAAGAAAGCUUCACCAGCAGCAGGUUCUUCUGAUGUGGAGGAAGGAAAAACAGAGAAGAAUGUGAGACAGAGGACUGUUAAGAAAGAUAAAGACGUGGAGGAUGGUUUAGUCACUACUAGUAGUACAUAUGAUGAGGUUAGUGAUGCCGAGAAAGCCUUGGCUGUUAAAGCCACUGAUGCCGACAAUGAAGGAGAAGAGAUUGAUCUGAGCAAACAUGAAAGCGAAGAUAUCAGUCACACGUACGGGUGGCCUCCUCUCGUGUGUUGUUUUGGAUCUGCAAAGAAUGUUUUUGUUCCAUCAGGAAGGCCAGCAAACAGGUUUUUGGAUUGCAAAUUCAAAACCGUUGAGGCAAGGGUAGAGGCCUUUCAUAGAAAAGAAGAAGAACUUAAGAAAGAACUCGAGAUUGUCAAGAAUCAACAUGCUUCAGACUCAGCUGUUCUACUGUUGGUAACCCGAGAGCUAGAGAAAGUUAGCUUAAAACUGGCCGCAGCUAACGACGCCAAGAACCUGCCUCUGAGUCAAGAAGAAAAUAUUAGCAAGAUGAUUUCCAUCCAUGCAGAGAAAGAAACCAUCUCCAACAAAGAGAUAGAUGUUUUGAAAAGUGAGCUUGAGAAAGCGAGAAGCUUUGAAGCAGAGGUUAAAGAACGAGAUGAGAUCAUUGAGAAGAUUGAUGCUGCGAAAGAAGUUUUUAAAAUGGCAAAGUCCCAUGCGUACGGCUUUGCUGACCAGUGGUGUACCAAAGCCAUAGAAUUGGAGGAACAGUUGGAAGAAACCAACAUGAUGAAGAAAUAUGCCUCAGUCUCUCUGGUGUCUUUGAUAAAACAGCUGGAAGGAAGCAAUACACGACUGCAGGUUAUGGAGUGUGAGGUGAUUGCUCUCAAGGAUAAGGCCAAGCUAAUGGCGACGGUGGGGCUUAAGCAAAGUCAAGUUCUCAAGAAAUCUGAACAUCUACUCGAACCUGCGGAAGAGUUGUUAUCUAAGGUUGAGAAAGAGGAUAUAAAAUUAAAAACUAAGCUUGAAAUUUUCAAGGAUGAGAAGAGUAAGACCUUGUCAGAGCUGGAGAGGUCGAAAGAGGAAGAGGAGAAGAGUGAGCCAGAUAUGCAGAGUUUAGCUUCAGUUUUUCACCAAGCGUCAAGUGAGCGUGUGUUGAAAAACAGGUUGUUGAGUCUAGGUGGUCAGAAUUACAAAACACGUGAAGAAGAUAAGAAGCUGGUCAUUAAGUCAACAAACGAGAAGUACGAGAAGAUGCUUCACGAGGUGGAACAAACCAAUAAACCGUUUGAGAGCUCAAGAGGUAUUGUUGAAGAUUUAUUGAAAAUGGAGUUCAAGCUUAAGGGGGAGAAUGUUGGAUUAAGCUUGAAGAAAAAAGGAAACUUGAUAAAUAAGUUAACUUCUAAUCCUACCAAGUUAUGGUUUAAAGGAUUAGGAAAUAUGUUAUACCUAAUGAGUUUAGGAAAUUUGUUUUAUAUAUAAGGAGAUGCAAGAGUGUUGCAUAACUCAUGAGUUGAGAGAUUGGAUGAGAGAUUAUGAAUUGUGUGAGAUUGAGAGAGCUUGAGGUUUUGAGUUAUUUUCCUCAAGAGAUUAAUAAGAGAGUUAUUCUUAUUAAGCUUGAUUGUGAUUCAUUGAUUGUGAUUCUAUAGUAGAUGCUCCAAGUUAGUCUGUGAUGUAUAGUUUGUUGAAUGGUGAUGGAAGCUCCACUUCACAGUUCUUCUUGGUACGUUUGUUCGUCCUUCUUCCCAAUUUCUUUUCUUUUUCUAAAUUCGUCAGUUAAUUUCUGUGACUUUUCUAUUGCUUAUUAGUUUCUGCUUUAUAUGUUGUUUGAGGAUGGUUUCUUUAAAGUUAGGGUUUUGAUUUCAGUUGGAGUUUUUGUUCUCACCGUAAUGCGAUAAAGUCUUGUUUCUUUAAGCUGUUUUUAUGUUUUGAGUUUUGAGUUUAAUGUAGGAUAGAAGAAGACAAUGUUGUUGACCUGAUCACAUUGUUUCUGUUGUUGUAGAUCCUAAAGGUGGGACCUACUUAUGAUGGCUGGUGGAUUAACCCCAUCUUCUUCCACCUCUGGGAUCUUCUUCCAAGGAGAUGAUGAAUCUCAAAGUUUCAUCAACUCUCACUUCACUUCCUCUUACGGGACUUCCUCUAACUCCCUCUAAUGGGCCAGGACCUUAUGACAAAUAGCAUCUGCGCUCUAAGGUUAAUGCAGUACUUGUAUCAUCAGCGGGAAAGACCUUCUGUGAGUAUGCAUGUUGUCCUCAGGCUUUUUUUUUUAAAUCUAUGUGUAUACUAGAAAAAAGCUCUUGACAUAUACUGAUUUUGUAUUGCUUAUUGAAAGAAAUUCGUGACGGAGUAUUUUUCCUCUCGUGCAAAGAAAAGGUGGUGUCUCUCUCAUUAAGAUAAUGUGGGGGCAUACCGCACUUGGCGUUUCUCCUCAGGCAGCCACGGUUUGUCUCCCCCACCUGUUUCUUUUUAGUUGUCUGUGCGUGUCUACACUCUAAAACGUGACUAAAUCAGUGUAUAGAUGUAUUUUUGAACUUGCAAGUUUAUCAUAGUAUGUAAUCAAGUUUAUCUUGUGAUUUGUGCAGAAGCAACUUUUGAUGUGUUGCCGAAAUCAAAUAUGCAAGUGACGAGCUUCUUUAUUUGAGUGGUGAAGGCCACCUUCGGAUUAUAUUCUCCCAAGAGCUAAAGUUUCCAAAGAGCUUUUACUUCCAAACAACUUUAUUUGUUAUAUGUAAUAAAGUAGUUUAGCUUAUCCGUAUGCUUUUCACAAGAUUCUCUCAUGAGAGUUCUGUACUCGUCGACAUGAAGAACUACUUCCUCGCCGCCUUGUAGCCCC